AUGGCGAGCCUUCCCAAGGAGAUGAAGGCCCUCAGAUAUGAGAAGCCGGAAGAUUGGUCCAUUGUCACGGUCCCGCUUCCAGACCUGCGCGAUAAUGAUGUACUUGUGAAGGUCAAGGCCUGCGGUGUCUGCGGAACCGCGUCACAGCAUAUCCACGAGGGCGAGUUUAUCGCCAAGUUCCCUCUCAUUCCCGGCCACGAAACCGUGGGUGUCAUUGCAGCAGUCGGAAAGAAUGUCAAGGGCUUCCAGGUCGGCGACCGCGUCGCUGCCGACAAUAGCGAACUGUGCAAUGAGUGCUUCUACUGCCGCCGUGGCCAGCUGCUGCUCUGCGAGAACUUCAACGCCCAUGGUGUCACCAUGGAUGGCGGCUUUGCCGAAUACUGCGCCUAUCCGGCCGCCAAGGUGUUCAAGAUCCAGAACCUGAACUGGGUUGACGCCACCCUGCUUGAGCCUGCUUCUUGUGCCUGCCAUGGCCUGGAGAAGAUUCGUCCCAAGCUGGGCUCUCAUGUCCUCAUGUUCGGUGCCGGGCCCACUGGGCUUAUGCUCGCCCAGCUCCUCAGGCAGAAUGGAGGCUGCCAGGUGACCAUUGCUGCGCCCAAGGGGUUGAAGAUGGACCUUGCCAAGAGCCUUGACGCGGCUGAUACGUAUAUUGAGCUGUCGAGAGAGAGCCCCCAGGCCCAAUUUGACCAGCUCAAGAAGGACAACCCUUAUGGCUUUGACAUUGUUGUCGAGGCUACCGGUUCCGUCAAGAUUCUGGAAGACGCCAUCAACUACGUCCGUCGCGGUGGAACACUCGUGGUCUACGGUGUCUACGCCAAUGCCGACCGAGUCAGUUGGCCCCCUGCCAAGAUCUUUGGUGACGAAAUAACCAUCAUCGGGUCCUUUUCCGAGACGUACAUGUUCCCCGCCACCAUUGACUACCUCGACUCUGGAAAGGUCAAGACCAAGGGCAUCGUGAACAAGACCUUCAGGCUGGAGGAGUUCGGCAAGGCUCUUCAAAGCAUCAAGGACAAGACUGCCAUCAAGGCCGCCAUCGUAUUUGACUAG